AUCCGUGUGUUGUGGAGAUCGCGCUGGUGCCGAACCUAGCACUGCCAGGUCCGAAAUACGUGGUAACAACCGCAAAUAGAGAACCGACCCCCUUGUAAAAGAUGCAGCAUUCCCUUUGAAUAUCCUGCCAAGCAGUGGGGAAAUUAUUAUUCUGAAGGGAGGAGCGCGUAGUGAAACUCGGAAAAGUCGUUGAUUAUUCAUACGACGACAACACGUCUCUCUCUCUCUUCGUGUGCGUGUAGUAUUAUUAUUAGUUUUUUUUUUUUUUAUUUAUAUUUAUUUCAUCUUUUCGAGUGAGGGUUACCCGAACAAACUCCACGAUGAGCACGGCCGCUCCGCAAGUACAAACGAAGCAUGGCAUCGUUAAACAGGUCAAUUCGGGUGAUUCUAUCAUCAUUCGAGGCCAACCAAAAGGUGGCCCACCCCCCGAAAAGCAGUUGAUUCUGUCCAAUGUGACUGCACCAAAAUUGGCUCGCCGAGCAUAUAACAAUGCGGACGAAACUAAAGACGAACCUUACGCUUGGGAGGCUAGAGAAUUCCUGCGUAAGAAGUUGAUUGGACAAGAAGUAAUAUUCACAUCUGAAAAACCUCCAAACGCUACCAGGGAAUAUGGCGUUGUAUGGUUGGGAAAAGACACAACCACUGGUGAGAACAUCACUGAAUCCCUGGUAUCGGAAGGAUUAGUUACAGUUAGAAGAGAAGGCGUCCGUAACGUAACACCUGAAUUAGCUCGCCUACAUGAAUUAGAAGAUGCUGCGAAGGCAGCGGGUAAGGGGAAAUGGGCUGGAACCCCUUCAUCUGAGCACGUUAGGGACAUCAAAUGGAACAUCGAAAAUCCUCGUAGUUUAGUAGAUAAACUGGGUGGCAAACCAGUUAAGGCUGUUAUUGAACAUGUGAGAGAUGGAUCGACCGUGCGUGCAUUUUUAAUACCUGACUUUUACCACAUAACUUUGAUGAUCUCUGGAAUAAGAUGCCCGGGAUUCAAGCUUGAAGAAGGAAAACCUGUUCAUUCUGUUGUUGUACCUUUUGCCGAAGAAGCUCGCUACUUUGUUGAAUCUCGGCUAUUGCAGAGGGACGUAGAAAUUGUACUGGAAUCAGUUAAUAACAACAAUUUUGUUGGCAGUAUUCUUCAUCCGAAAGGAAACAUUGCCGAAGCUUUGUUGCGCGAAGGAUUUGCACGUUGCGUCGAUUGGUCGAUGGCAUUUAUGAAGUCUGGUGCGGACAAAUUGUACCUUGCCGAAAAGAGUGCAAAAGAAAAUAGAUUGCGUAUUUGGAAAGACUACGUUCCGUCUGGUCCCCAGAUAUCUGGCAAGGAGCGAGAAUAUACAGCUACAGUUGUAGAAAUUGCCGCCGGAGAUGCAUUGAUCGUUAAGACGCCGUGCGGAACUACCAAGAAGGUCUUUUUGAGUAGUAUUCGUCCUCCACGAGGACCUGUUGGCGAAGAUGGAAAGGCUGCCUCCAGACCAAAAGAUUUCCGCCAGCUUUACGAUAUACCGUGGAUGUUUGAGGCCCGUGAAUUCCUCCGCAAGAAACUUAUCGGCAAACAAGUUAAAGUCGUUGUCGACUACAUCCAACCUGCGAGGGAAAGUUACCCCGAAAAGAUUUGUUGUACCAUCACUAUCGGCAAAAUCAAUGUUGCUGAAGCGAUGGUAUCGAAAGGACUGGCUACAGUUUUGAGGUACAGACAAGAUGACGAUCAGCGAUCAUCGCAUUACAAUGACCUUUUAGCUGCAGAGAGCAAAGCCAUUAAAUCAUUGGCCGGAGUUCAUGGUAAAGAGAAAAUCCUAGCGCAUCGAAUCACGGAUGUUGCCGGAGAUGUAAUCAAGGCCAAACGUUAUCUGCCCCACUUGCAACGCUCACGUAACGAAGCCAUUGUAGAGUUUGUAACCAGUGGAUCUCGGCUAAGAUUGUACUUGGGUAAGGAAUCGUGUCUGAUAACUUUCCUGUUGGCGGGUAUAAACGCGCCACGUGGACCACGCCCAGUUCCCGGAGGUGGUGGCAUCAUCGAAGGUGCACCAUUUGGUGAGGAAGCCCUGAACUUUACCAAGGAACGAUGCCUGCAACGAGAAGUUGAGAUUCAAGUAAUAUCGAUGGACGCUAAGGGAGGUAAUUUCAUUGGUUGGCUAUGGAUAGAAGGAGUCAACUUGUCUGUGGCUCUUGUCAAAGCAGGUCUUGCGUCUGUACAUCCGACAGCAGAGCACACAGAAUUUUACAGAGAAUUGAUCGUCGCUGAGGAACGUGCGAAAGAAGCACAACUUAAGAUAUGGAAAGAUUACGUCGAGGCUGAGGUAGAAACAGAAAAGCCUGAAGAAGAGGUACAAACUGGUGAAAGGAAAGUAGACUACCAGAAAGUCGUCGUGACUGAAGUGACCGAAGAACUUCACUUUUUUGCCCAAAAUGUUGAUCAAGGCGAUGUUCUAGAAGGCUUGCUAUCUCGCAUGCGUCAGGAGUUGGCAGCAAAUCCCCCACUUCCUGGUGCUUACAAUCCCAAACGAGGUGAUCUCGCCGUUGCUAAAUUUACAGAGGAUGAUCAAUGGUAUCGUGCCAAAGUGGAAAAAGUUUCUGGACCAAACGUCAGUGUUUUUUAUAUCGACUAUGGCAACAGGGAAACAUUGAAUGUAACCAGAGUUGCCGCCAUGCCAGGAUCCUUUGCUACUGAUAAGCCUUUCGCUACGGAAUAUGUAUUGGCCUAUGUCACUCUACCCAACGAUAACGACUACAAAAAACUGGCAAUCGAAAUGCUACAGCAAGAUACAGCAGGGAAACCUUUGCUACUCAAUAUUGAAUAUAAAGUCAACAAUCUUGCUGCUGCUACCCUAGUUGAUGCUACUACUAAAGAAGACGUAGCACGAGGUCUUAUUCUGGAUGGGUUUUUGCUGGUCGAAAAUCGUCGUGAAAAGAGGCUUGCCAAAUUUAUUGCGGACUAUCAAGCUGCUCAGCAGGACGCAAAGAAGAGUCACCGUAAUAUAUGGGAAUAUGGAGAUAUUACCGAGGAUGACGCUAGAGAGUUCGGUGUUGGUCGUUAAUUAACUUUGCUCAGAAAAUUGUACAUGGAAAAACAAAUAAGAAAGAGAUGAAUGUCGACGGAAGAGAAUAUAUAACAUUGGCAUAAUAAAUACAUAAAUACAGUACUGGUAUAUUAUGUAUGUACGUUUACAAGUAAGCAUGUGUGACAGUGUAGGACUUGUGUGUUCUGUCGGUUGUGAUUCAAUCAUAAUUUGAAUAAUAUAAAAAACGAAAAGUAUAAAUUAUAAAAUAUAAAUAUUAUUUCACAAGCAAAGGUGAAUAGCGCUAAAUAGAUAAAGGAAAGACAAGAAAGGGUGCCAAUUAUCUUUGCCCCUUAUAAAUAUAUAUAUAUAUUAUAUAUUAACUACCCUAUCUAAUGAGACUGUGUUGCCAUUGACGUAACGUAUUUCCAUUUAUUCUUAUGUCAGACAUACGUUUUGCAUGUUUUAUUAUCAUCCCGAAAAGUCAGAUCGUUCGUGGCUUAGUAACUAUGAUGUUUACACAAUUAUAGAAGUAUAUUUAAUAAUUAAAUUUCCACUGAAGAGUGGAGAGCGGGAAUGGAUGCUGGGUGUGAUAGGACUAAUAGAGACCUUAGAGUCGAUAAUCAAUACGUAUAUAGUUAAAGGUGUUUCAAAAAAAUCCGUCAUCUAUUUCUUUUAUCUAACCAUCCAUCGCUGUUAAUUUGCUGCUUCUCAUCUGAACCCCCCCAAAAUCUGAACUUUAGCACAAUGUGCUGAGAUGCAUCUUAAUUCCCGUUGGAAAAGCAUAUGAAUUUUUAUGUUUCUUUAGAAUCCCAAAAAUUAGGAAAUGAGUGGCGAAAAUAUUCUAAAAGAACACAUGUGAAAAAUCAGGGUUCUUUCUUUCAAAUUCUGCUUUGUGCAUCUACAGAAUACACAAAGAAACUCUGCUAAAGCUUAAUUGAACUAAUUAUUCUAUAUAUAUGUGUAUUUUAAAAUUAAAAUAGCGAAUUUAAACAGUGGAAAGUAAAAACAAAAAAUUUUGGCAUUUUCUUUUGAAACACUCAAAUCUCUAUAUUCAUAAAUCAUGAUUAUUGCAUCGAUGAAGUCAGUACUCGCAUUUAUUCCAUACAUUUUAUUCCCCAAACACAUCUAUACAUAUAAAUAUAUGUACAUUAUGUACAAUAUUUUUUUCUAUUUUGUACACUUGAGAUUAAAAGAAAAUCAUUAGAGGCUAAAAUGCCUUUGCAAAAUAAUCUAAACUGCUUUUACACUAAUCGUGUAGUAAGAUUGACACAUUUACGGCAAAAUGUGCUUGUAUAAUAUCCAACCAAAUGUUUAUUCAAAAUACAUGCUCCAGUUUCAGUACAAGUUUCGUUGUAAACAAUGCAAUGAAAGUGACUCAAAGUUCUAGUCUGGUUUGUUUGUGAAACAGCAUGAGACAUUGUUUUGAACUUUUAUUCAACAGAUUUUGCGGCACUCAAAAUAGAUAAUCUAGAAUUAAUUAAUUUUCAACCUAGUAAAUGGUUAUUUAUAACCUAAAGUUAUCGCAUUUGCGAGUAAAACUAAAUAAGAAUAAAGUAAAUGGAAAAGGGCCAUGGGGAUUGCAUGCUAGACGAGUAUUUGUAUACAAUUUCAGUGAAUGUUCAUCACCUCCCAAUCAAUUUUAGUAAUUAAGUAAUAAUUGGUACAAGACAGUGACGGUAUAUUUAUCUAUUUAUCUAACUAAGUAAAUUGUAAUAUUGAACACAGGAGAAUAAUUAAUUGCUACGAACUCCCAUGCGGAUAUUACCUUUUUGCAUAAUACUUACACCUUAGUAUGAAGUAAUUAUUGUUAUAACCAUUCUGUCUAUAUACAUACACUGAACAAAACCUGGGUUAUAGGGCGCUGUCAGUACAUAUUACCAAUAAACUGUUGAACAAUCUUUUUCUUAAAUACAAA